AUGAUAAACAACAAUGCAGACGCCGUAUCCGUUGCAGCGUCUAUAUGUACAACAUCUGCAUCGGAUAUGCCGCUAGAUCUUGCCAGUCAUCUAUACGAAAAUGGUGCAUUCAUGGUUUUCCUCAAUGUACCUCAAACAACAGAAUUCGGCAUCGAUUACAAGUCAUGGCAUGUAGGGCCGAAAUUUCUCGGUUUGAAAAUGAUUCCUCCGGGCAUUCAUUUCAUUUUCUUCAGCGUCAAGACAGCACCACGCAUUGGAUUUUUCCACCAUUUUAAGGAAAAGGAAAUUUUGCUACGUAAAUGGGAUCCGAUACGUGAAGAUAUGAUAAUUGAGCCAUGUUCUGCAGAUGAGAUAGAAAGGAUACGUUCAAACUUGAAAGCAAUGGAUGACGGCUUAGCACCGUAUCCUUUCGAAACAUAUCGAAGUUGGUUUUCCCUCAGCUAUCAUAUUACAGAAAAAACGGUGGAAAGAUUGCGACCGGAGAAUCAAUAUAGUCGUAUAACAGGUCAGGCAGAAUUGGUUACUUUGGAAACUGAAAUAAUGGAAAAAGAGGGCGUUCAUGGACAUCCGUCAUCUUGUGUUGAUCGUGAUCAUCCAACCAGAAUACGAUUUGUGGAUGAAGAAGGUCUUCCUAUUAUGAGAAUUAGAGAAGGUUUUCAAAUACGUUUCACCGAACUUCCUCUGCAUUCUGUGGCUAUUUCAACUAAUGAAGAGAAUGCAUUGGAUCGGAGUUCGCAGUUAGACAAAAUUCUUGUCGAUCUCAAUGGAGAGUGGUCUGAAUUUCUUGGAGAGUUGCAGUUUGCAUUUGUAUGCUUUCUGAUGGGACAGGUUUAUGAGGGUUUUGAACAGUGGAAACGAUUGAUUCAUUUGUUGUGCAGCUGCACAAAGGAACUCAUAGAGCGUAAGGAGUUGUACAUGGCAUUAAUACCGGUACUUCAUUUUCAAUUAAGAGAAUGUCCCGAAGACUUCUUUGUCGAUAUUGUUUCGCGAGAUAAUUUUCUAACAACUACACUUAGUAGACUUUUCGGAAACAUAAAUGACUCUGAAUCGAUAGAUGCUGCAUUAAAGGAAAGGGCUGGAAAUUUUAAGAAUUUCUUAACAAAACGGUUCAAGUGGAAUUUUGAUAUGCAGAAUGAAUGA